UAUUGAAGGGUUUUAGAAUCUCUAAUAAGGCCUAAUACCCUUCCCCUUACGCGCGCUCCGAAGGACACCGGCGUAAUAUUCCGUCGGAGGCUAAUUUAAUCUCCGGUGAACAUCGCCGGAAAUACGCCGGUGUUACGAUGUUACGAAUAGGUUCUACUCUCCGUACAACACGAAAGCUCUUAAACAGAAAUCUCCACUUUCAAUACCCUAUUAUCGCCGGAGAUGUAGCUCCGGUACAUCACCGACGUCAAGAGCUCCAUCGCUUUGUUCGGUGUUGCAAUUAUAGCAGCACUGUUGAUAAUACUUCUGUUUCCACCUCAUUUUUUCCCACUUUGAGCAACAGCAAUAGCUCAACAACUUCUGCAGAACCUCAUGCCGAGAGAGCUGAGGAAAAUGAUAGUCUUCAAUCCGAUGUAUCGGAAGUAGAACCGGUGGCGGCGGUGGAGCAGCGGUUAAGUAGUGGAAUGGAGGAUGCUUAUUUAGCAAUAGAGCUAGCAUUGGAUUCUGUAGUUAAGAUAUUUACCGUUUCCAGUAGUCCUAAUUACUUCCUUCCCUGGCAGAACAAGUCCCAGCGUGAAACUACCGGCUCUGGUUUUGUUAUUCGGGGAAAGAGGAUCCUAACAAAUGCUCAUGUUGUGGCUGAUCAUACGUUUGUACUUGUAAGAAAGCAUGGUUCCCCUACCAAGUAUAGAGCAACAGUGCAAGCUGUUGGUCAUGAAUGUGACUUGGCUAUUCUGGUGGUAGAAAGUGAAGAAUUCUGGGAGGGCAUGAACUCUUUGGAGCUUGGUGAUGUUCCAUUUCUCCAAGAAGCUGUGGCUGUUGUUGGUUAUCCUCAAGGGGGAGAUAAUAUAUCUGUGACAAAAGGUGUUGUCUCAAGGGUAGAACCUACGCAAUAUGUACAUGGCGCUAGUCAACUAUUGGCAAUACAAAUUGAUGCGGCUAUAAAUCCAGGGAAUAGUGGAGGACCAGCAAUUAUGGGUGACAAAGUUGCUGGAGUUGCUUUCCAAAACCUCUCUGGUGCAGAGAAUAUUGGCUACAUUAUUCCUGUUCCUGUGAUAAAGCAUUUUAUAGCUGGAGUAGAAGAACGGGGCGAAUACGUUGGGUUUUGCUCUCUGGGCUUGUCAUGCCAACCUACUGAAAAUGCACAGAUUCGAGAGUACUUCCAAAUGCAGUCCAAAUUGACAGGUGUACUCGUUAGCCGAAUCAACCCACUUUCUGAUGCUUCUAGAGUAUUAAAGAAAGACGAUAUAAUCCUCUCAUUUGAUGGCGUCCCCGUAGCAAAUGAUGGAACAGUUCCUUUCCGAAACAGAGAGAGGAUCACAUUUGACCAUCUGGUAUCUAUGAAGAAACCUAAUGAAACUGCUGAACUUAAAGUCUUGAGAAAUGGCGAAGUGCAUGACUUCAAAAUCACGCUUCAUCCUUUGCAGCCACUUGUUCCAGUUCAUCAAUUUGACAAGCUUCCGAGUUAUUUCAUUUUUGCUGGUCUCGUCUUUAUUCCAUUAACUCAACCAUUCCUUCACGAGUAUGGAGAAGAUUGGUAUAAUGCCUCACCCCGUCGGUUGUGUGAACGAGCACUUCGGGAACUACCUAAGAAACCUGGCGAACAAUUCAUCAUCCUUUCUCAGGUGUUGAUGGAUGAUAUUAAUGCUGGUUAUGAGCGCCUUGCCGAGUUACAGGUGAAGAAGGUUAAUGGCGUAGAAGUUCUGAAUUUGAAACAUUUACGUCAGCUUGUUGAAGAUGGUAACCAAAAGAAUGUGAGAUUUGAUUUGGAUGAUGAGAGAGUGAUUGUUUUGAAUUAUGAAUCUGCAAGAAUAGCUACAUCGCGUAUACUGAAACGCCAUAGAAUACCGCAUGCAAUGUCUAGUGACCUUACUCAUGAUGAAAAUGCAGCUGAACUUCAGUCAGCGUGCUCAAGCUAAUUUUUGUAUUACUUCUCUUCACUAUUCUUUCCAAAUUUUUGCUAUUUAUAUAUCUUAUGGUUUAUUCAAAAUUAUGUA